UAAAUACGCAUAUACGCACGUUGUCGUUGCUGCGGUGUUGUCUGUGGGUGUGUGUGUUAUUUUUUUGUAUCUCCCAACUACCUGUGCCGAAACGUUCAUUUCUUAUCGUAAAACGCAACAAAAUGGAAGUCAAAGUCAAAGUAUUUUCGGUUAACAAAACCCUGCCCUAUGAUGCCUCGCUACUUCGGAUUAAUUUUUCACUGCCGCAAAUCAAUGAGAUUGCGUUGAACAUAUCGCAACGCUCCACAGUCUCUGGUAUCAAUGAGAUUGCCUAUGCAUUAAAAGCUUUAAUGUUGACGGAUCUGACCACAUUGGCUGGCGAUGAUACGGCCGCCAAUGUUCGACGACUUUGCGUCCGCGCCUGCCUCCCCUUCGAGCCGCAAUUCUUUGAAAAGUCCUUUGAGCGCACUCUCCUACCGGACAUCCAUUGUGCCGCUGUUUGCGUUUAUCCCGCUCGUGUUGCGGAUGCGUACAAGACGUUGCAACAGUAUGGCAAACUGGACGAAAUAUCGAUUGCUGCGGUGGCCACCGGAUUUCCAACUGGACAGUACGGUCUGCAGACGCGCCUGCAGGAGAUCAGCUACGCCAUUCUGGCCGGUGCCACAGAGAUUGAUAUUGUAAUCAAUCGGCAGUUGGCGCUCAUUGGCGACUGGGAAGGUGUCUACAAUGAGGUGGUGCUCAUGCGCAAUGCCUGCGGCGAACGCGCACAUCUAAAGACGAUUCUGGCCAUUGGCGAGCUGGGCUCCAUGGAGAAUGUCUAUAAGGCAUCUAUGGUGUGCAUGCUGGCUGGCGCUGACUUCAUCAAGACAUCCACGGGCAAGGAGGCGGUCAAUGCCACUCUGCCCGUUGGCCUGGUCAUGAUCUAUGCCAUACAAGAGUUCAAGCGACGCACUGGUCAAAUUGUGGGCUUAAAGCCAGCUGGAGGAGUGCGUACUGUGCGCGAUGCUAUUGCCUGGAUAACGCUGGUGAAGGAGACACUUGGCAUGCAUUGGCUGCAGCCUGAACUAUUCCGUUUUGGAGCAUCUGGUCUGCUCGACGAUAUUGAAAAAGGUGGUGCGCAAUGGCGUCGCGCAGCUGGAAAAGGCUUAAGUAAUACACAAUACACAACUUACAGUAAAAUUGGCAAUAUUAGAAUCAAAAAUACUCAACUUUUAAUAAACAAAAAACGUUUUUUUCUGACUGACUUACUAAAUGAACGGUAAAUUGCAGGGCUGCAAUUAAAAAAAAAAAAAAAAGGUACGGUAAGUGUUGCAGGGCUGCAACACAACACAACAAAUGUGCAUACAUAGCUCCUUUAAUUUCAUUGUACAUCUAAAAUGUCUGAAAAUUAACUUAACUUUAACUACGCAACAAACUUUACGGUUUUAAACUUUUCUAACUGACUGACUGACUUUAAAAAUGAACGCACAGCCUAAACGGUAAGAGCAACAAGGCUACAAUUUAAGCACAGCAUAGCUCUUCCAAUUGCAUCAUACAAUAAAACGGCAUUUCUCAAAACUGUCAAA